GUGGCGCUCGGCGCUCUGGGCCCGGGAUGCGGCGGGGAUCAGGCACAGACUGGACUCGGAGACUCCCGGGAUCUUUCCCAUCCCGGACAAUCCCGGGGCGGGGCGGUCCUCCGGCCGCCAGGGGGCGCUCGAGCGCGGCGGGCGGAGCUCUGUGGGCGGGGCGGGGCGCUCUGGGCGCGCCGCUCGCUGGUGCCGCUGAUCCCGUGAGCCGGCGGUGAGGCAGCGAUGGCGGCGCCGAGCGGUCCCAGUUCUGCAGCCCAGGCUCCCCAGCAAACUCAGACCCCAGGAACCCUCAGCCUUUCUCUGCACUGACCAUCUGUGCCCCCGGGCAGAGCCACAGUCAGGACUGAAGAUGCCUCUCUUCUCCAGGAAGAAGAAACCCAGCGAAGAUGCUCGGAAGCGCCUUGAGUACCAAAUGUGCCUGGCAAAAGAAGCUGGUGCUGAUGACAGCCUUGACAUAUCCAGAUGUGAGCUCUCAGAGGUUCCUUAUGGGGCCUUUGCAACUUGCAAGGUCUUGCAAAAAAAGGUGCUGAUUAUUCAUACAAAUAAUCUGACAUCUUUAGUUCCAAAGUCCUGCAGCCUCCUGAGUCUCAUAACUGUGAAGGUUCUGGACCUGCAUGACAACCAGCUGGCUUCACUUCCUGCUGAUAUUGGUCAGCUGACAGCUCUUCAGGUCCUAAACCUUGAAAGGAAUCUUUUAAAAAGCCUUCCACAAUCUAUAGGAGAUCUUGCCCAGCUCCAGAUCCUCAAUGUGAAAGGGAACAAGCUGAGGGAGCUGCCCGGGAGCGUGAGCGGCCUGCGGAGCCUGCGGGCCCUGGAUGUCAGUGGGAACGAGCUGCAGGAGCUGCCCCGGGGGCUGGCCCACAUCCCCACCCUGCAGACAUUGACCCUGGAUGCCUGUGCCAUGACCUACCCACCCCCUGAGAUCUGCAGUGAGGGCACUGAGGCCAUCCAGCAGUUCCUCUGCAAGGAGUGUGGAAUUGCAUACUACCCUCCCUCCCAGUACCUGCUCCCCACACUGGAGAGUGAUGGAGGAGGGACUUCAGUGGAUGGGGUGGACAGGACAGUGGAGAAGUACCUGGAGGAGGAGAGCAAGUGGCAGAACAAAUUCUUGGAUUAUGAGAAGAGGAAGGAGAGGAAGACGCAGGAGAAGCUGGAGUUUGAGCGGCGCCUGAACCUGGGGCAGCGAGAGCAGGCGCUGCUGGUGCAGCAGCUCAGCAGCCACAAGGAUGAGAUCCUGCAGACUGUGAGAGAGGAGCAGCAGAGGCUGGAGCAGGGUCUGUCGAAGCACCAGCGCUAUUUGGAGGAGGAGAGGCUGAAGCUGCUGCAGCAGCUGAAGGACACAGAGCAGGGCACUGCCACUCGGAUCCAGAAGCUGCUGGAGGACAACCAGAGGCAAAAACGAAGUUCAGACAUUUUAAAGUCCUUGGAAAAUGAGAGGAUCAGGAUGGAACAGCUGAUGGCAAUAACCCAGGAGGAGACGGAGCAGCUGCGCAGGAGGGAAGUGGCCUCUGCCAUGCAGCAGAUGCUGGCUGAGACCUACAAGAACAAGCUCCUCCAGAUGAGCUCCGAGUCCCGUCGGCAGGACCUCGUCAGCCAGGCCUGCUCCAGCCUAGCUGAGAUGGAUCAGAAGUUCCAGCAAAUCCUGGCUUGGCAGCAGCUGGAUCAGAACAAAGCUGUCAGUCAGAUCUUGCAGCAGAUUGAGAUGCAGAAAGCUGCCUUUGAAGCUCUCCAGGUGAAGAAGGAUCUUAUGCACAGGCAGAUCAGGAACCAGAUUAAAUUAAUAGAAACAGAGUUAUUGCAGCUGACACAGCUGGAGCUAAAGAGGCAAGAACUGGACACAGAGACACUGCAGGAGCUGGUCACGGAGCAGCGCCAGGCACUCAGCUGCCUCCUGCAGCAGCUGCUCAAGGAGAAGAAGCAAAGGGAGGAAGAACUGCAACAAAUCCUGCUGGAAAUGGAGGCAAAGAGUGAGACCAAACAGGAGAACUACUGGCUGAUCCAGUACCAGCGGCUGCUGAACCAGAAGCCCCUCUCCCUGAAGCUCCAGGAGAAGGGUUUGGAGCAGCAGCUGGUGACCCUGCUGCUGGAGCUCUCUGCUGACCAGUACCUCCCCAUCUUCGCUCACCACCGAAUAUCCCUGGAAAUGCUGGGCACCAUGAGUGCCAGUGACCUGGAAAAGCUCGGUGUGACAGAGGCUGGCCUGCAGCGUGCCAUCCUCAGGAGGGCUCAGGAGAUGCUGGCUGUGGCCACGACCAUCCCAGAGCUGAGGAGGGCAGAGGACAGCGAGGUCCCUGCGGCCCCAGCGCCCAGCGCUCCCCCGGAGGAGCCCCCGAGCCCCGCGGCCCCGGCGCUGCCGUGGGACGAGAGGAGGUCGGAGUGCGUUGUGUGCAUGGAGCAGGAGCCCCAGAUGAUUUUCCUGCCCUGUGGCCACGUCUGCUGCUGCCAGCGCUGCUGCGAGCGGCUGCACUCGUGCCCGCUGUGCCGCCAGGACAUCGCCCAGCGCGUCCGCAUCUUCCACAGCGCCUAGCCCGGCCCGGGGGGCACGGCCCCGCCCCGGCCCCGCUCCCGGGCUGCUCCUGCUGCUCACGGCCCUGGGCACAGCCCCUCCCACACAGCAGCACUGCCCUCCCCGUGCAAUGCACCCGGCAUCCUCCCAGCUCCCAGCUGGGGCUCCUUCAGUGAAUCCCUUCCUGCUGCCCGCCCCUGCCUGGGGACACACCGGGUGCAGCUGUGGCUCCUCCUCUCUGCAGAGGUGUUUGCCUUCAGAAAGGCCCCUGGCUCUGCAGGGGCACGGAGAGUGCUUCCAGCAGUGCUGCCCGCAGCUGGGGGAAUUUCCCGUGGGAAGAUUGGGCCAGGACGUGCUGUUCUUCGUGUGCUGACAGUGCCUUGCACCUCUGUCAUGCCAAAGGUCUGGGGCUGCUGCUCUGGAGCCCCACAGGGAUGUGCUGGGUCUGCACCCUCAGGCAGGGCAGAGCCAGGGGCUCCCAGCCCCAGUUCCUGCUCCUGUGAGUGCAACACCCCCCUGGGACUGGAGGGAUCUGCCCUGGCCACUGGAGCCCGGUGGGGUCCCUCAUCCACAGGUCAGGUGGGGAGCAGAAAGUGUUGCUGCCCCUGGACUGCACUGACGAAGGGCUGGGGCUGUGUCCAGCUCAGAUCCAGGUGCCUCUGUGCACUGGGGUGUGGCUCAGAUCCCAAUGGAGCCGGUGCCCAGCUCAGAUCCUGUGUCACUGAUCAGUAACAAUUCCUGUCUGUCCCUCUGCUCUUGACCUCCAACUAUAAAAAUGCUGCCACGAGCCCAGUCCCACCCCAGCCUUCAGCAAGAGCAGCCAUUAAACUGCAGCUGGUUUCUGC